AUGAAUAAAUGGACACAUAUACGUAGGAUCUAUUUAGAACAUUGGUUGUUUCCACUGUCACUUGUGAACGAGCAAAGCCGCUUCAGAUCGUAGACCAAGAGUUGCAGAGUGGACGCUAGCGUUGUUAUUUUUAGUGCACAACCUAGUAACACGCUUCUAUCAUGGCAGAGUCUCAGUACUCCUUCUCCCUCACAACAUUCAGCCCCAGCGGCAAACUCGUCCAGAUCGAAUAUGCCCUGAAUGCCGUCGCAGCCGGUGCAACAUCGCUCGGCAUUAGCGCGACAGAUGGCGUCGUUAUCGCAACGGAAAAGAAGCUGCCAUCCACGCUCGUGGACGAGACGACAGUACAAAAGAUCAUGACCAUAACGCCCAGCAUAGGCGUUGUGUACAGCGGCAUGGGCCCUGACUUCCGAGUGCUCGUACGGCGCGCGCGGAAGACCGCCCAAACCUACUUCCAAACCUACAAGGAGCACAUUCCGGUCGCGCAGCUUGUACGGGAGACGGCGGCGGUGAUGCAGGAGUUCACUCAGACCGGCGGCGUGCGCCCCUUCGGCGUAUCGCUCAUGAUGGCCGGCUACGACGACAACGGGCCGCAGCUCUACCAGAUCGACCCCUCCGGCUCCUACUUUGCGUGGAAGGCCAGCGCCAUCGGCAAGAACAUGACCAACGCCAAGGCCUUCCUGGAGAAGCGCUACAGCGAGGAGGUUGGCAUCGAGGACGCGGUCCACACUGCGCUGCUGACGCUGAAGGAGGGCUUCGAGGGGCAGCUGAGCGGCAGCAACAUCGAGGUCGGCGUCAUCGGGCCAGACAGGACCUUCAAGGUUCUGAGUGAGGCCGAGGUGAACGACUACCUGCAGGAGGUGGAGUGAGGGGCGGAGGGCGGCUGGCUAGCUGUAGCGGCGGCUGUACGACAUCAGGAAGGCGGUAUUAGUCGGGCGCUGAUGUACGGCAGCACAAGGGAGGGAGGGGGUAACCCGUAAGCAUGAGGUGUUGGGGGUGGUAAAGAGGAAACAACUAACUGAUCGUGUGGUAAGGUGCCAUCGCGGAGGUGGGCUGAGGGUGGUGGGGCGUGCUUUGUUGUAGACACUCUCCAUUUAGAGCAGCAUAGGAAGGAGGGGUUGCGUGGCGGGUAAGGGGUUGGUGUGCGGGAGGAAGAGGAAUGGUAGGCUCAUUUGCGGUGGAGGGUGCAAUGCGUGUGAUGGCGUUCAGUAGCGGUAGGCCCGGGAUGGCGGAGCGGGCUGCGUGUUACCACCCAUGCUGCAGUCAAGCACUCGUGGAUGUGCUGCUUGAAAGAGGUAGCCGCCUGCUGUUGCUGCUGCUGCUGCUGUUGAGGUGCUUGUGCGUGUUCGUUCAUGUUGCGGCGGCUGCUGCCAUCGGCCGGCGCGACACCCCUCACAGAUACACAGACGCACCCAGAGGCAAACGGGCACGAGGGAAGGGACGCAAGGUUGCGGUUAGUCGGCUGUUGGUUGUUGACGCCUGUGUUGGUUCGUCAGGAAGCUGGGUGUGCCGUGUGGGGUGCUGCUGUGCCCACGGGCGCUCUCGUUGUGUCACGCACGCGCUGUGCAGGGGGUGGUCAGAGCGCUGGAGUCCGCGGGCACUUUGUCUAUAGCGGUGCGCUCCCACGGUAGCCACGUACGAACGGCAUGGGGGCUGUAUACGAGGAAGACGGGGCUAGCUCACGAGGAGUCAAGGGGCUAGCGUCCGAGAAACGUGCGGCUGUAAGGCGGGGGCAAGCCCCCGUAACCCCACCAUUGUGGAUUGUAACGACUACGUCCUAACGA